GUUUCCUGUCGGGCAGUUAUCAGUGUGACGCGGCCGCGGUGUGUCUGAUGCAAGCUGAAUGAGUUAAAUUACCAACACAACACAGUGAAGAUGUCAGAUUUGAGCCCGAUGGAUCUGUACGAGAAGCUGACAGCUCAGGGAGACACAGUGAGGUCUCUGAAAGCUCAGAAGAGCCCCAAAGCUGAUGUGGACGCCGCCGUGCAGCUGCUGCUGCAGAUGAAGCUGGACUACAAGUGUCUCAGCGGUCAGGACUAUAAGGCUGGAUGUCCGCCGGUGGACGGUGAGAUGGUGGUGGAUAACGGAGCAGCGCCGGAGGACGGAGAUGAUCAGGUGGAUCCGUGGAGCGUCUCCUCCAGCAGCGCCAAAGGAGUCGACUACGAUAAACUCAUCGUGCGGUUCGGCAGCAGUAAGAUCGAUCAGGAGCUGGUGGACAGAAUCGCUCGAGUCACGGGAAAAACACCGCACCGUUUCCUGCGCAGAGGAAUCUUCUUCUCACACAGGGACAUGCAUCAGAUCCUGGAUGCGUACGAGAAGCAGAAGUCCUUCUAUCUGUACACGGGUCGAGGGCCGUCCUCAGAGGCCAUGCAUGUGGGUCACCUGAUCCCCUUCAUCUUCACCAAGUGGCUUCAGGACGUGUGUGUGUGUGUGUUCUGUGUAUUCGAUGUCAACAAGACCUUCAUCUUCUCUGAUCUCGACUAUAUGGGAGCGAGUCCUGCGUUUUACAGGAACGUGGUGAAGGUCCAGAAGCACGUGACGUUUAACCAGGUCAAAGGCAUCUUUGGCUUCACAGACAGCGACUGCAUCGGUAAAGUCAGUUUCCCGGCCAUCCAGGCGGCUCCGUCCUUCAGCAGCUCCUUCCCGCAGAUCUUCGGCGAGCGGACGGACGUUCAGUGUCUGAUCCCGUGUGCCAUCGAUCAGGACCCGUAUUUCCGGAUGACGCGGGACGUGGCUCCUCGGAUCGGGUAUCUGAAGCCGGCUCUGCUUCACUCCACCUUCUUCCCGGCGCUGCAGGGAGCUCAGACCAAGAUGAGCGCCAGCGACGCCAACUCCUCCAUCUUCCUGACCGACUCGGCCAAACAGAUCAAGAACAAGAUCAACAAACACGCCUUCUCCGGCGGGAAGGACACGGUCGAGGAGCACAGGAAGUGCGGCGGGAAUCCAGACGUGGAUGUUUCCUUCAUGUAUCUGAGCUUCUUCCUGGAAGACGAUGAACAGCUGGAGAAGAUCAGACAGGACUACAGCAGCGGCGCGCUGCUCACCGGAGAACUGAAGAAGAGUUUAAUCGAGACGCUUCAGCCCAUGAUCGCCGCGCAUCAGGAGAGACGCAAACUCGUGACGGACGAGAUCGUACAACAGUUCAUGAGCCCUCGCAAACUACACUUCAACUGCUAGAGACAGAAACCACCGAGACCAUCAUCAUCAUCAUCAUCAUCAUCAUCAUCAUGCUGCUCUGCUCGUGUCUAAUAAAGCUGCCUGUGACCAAUAAAUAAUGACACACUGA